AUGGCUGCGGGCGUGCGAGCACUGGAUGGAUUGUUUGUCACGGCAGUGGACGGCACAGAGAAGGCCCGGACACAAAGUCAGAAUUCUGCCUGGCACGAUGUCCUGGACCUGUGCAAGCGAGGCUUCUUGGCCAAGCUCGAGAUCAUGACGGGCGAGCUCAAGCAAGAGGUGAAGAACGAGCUGAGGUCGGCCGUCGCCGCACUCCGCACGGAGGUCGCCGAAGUCAUCAGGACGCACGAAGCCCCACUCUCCCAGCAGAUGAAGGUGCUGAGCGACCAGCUGUCCCGACUCGCUGCUUUGGCUGCCGUGCCGCCACCACAGCCAGACUUCUCGCCGGUCAUAGAUCAGAUUGACGUCAGUGCGCGAGAGCAGCGUGAGAUGUCCUCCGUCCUGGGGCAUCGGCUGAGCCAGGUCGACCUGAAAAUCAACGCUUCAGGUUCCGAGCUUGCGACGAUGGUGCGGCAGCUUGACGAUAAAGUGGCACGCCUGGCAGAAAAGCAGGACGUUUCGGUGGAGAAGAUGAUUGGACUUUGCGAUGCCUCCGAUGCGCUCCUCGGAGCCGCGGGCAGGAUUGCGAGGGAGCUCGACUCGCUGCAUGUGCAGGAGGUUCGCUAUCAGGAGAAGCUGGGGACGCUGCUCGAAGAUAGCGUGCUGGAGCAUCUCGCCGAAGUGCGCGAGAGCGUCCUGAAUAUCGACCUCUCCGAGGUGCAAGCGGACAUCUACCGUGGUCGGAAGCAAGCGGAUGCAGAUUUCAGGACCGUGCUGGCGGAGAUUUCGCGCAUCCAGCAAGCGUUGCAGUUAGACUUUGUGCAGGUCCUGGCCGACAAGGUGAACGACCGGUCGAGAUCUUCUGUGAUCAUGCCCAUGGAAGCGGCUAGCCCCAGCCCGGAAGCGCCAGCGCUCAGCUCUCUGCAGAGCCUGGCCAAGCAGGCCAAGGUGACUCGACGGUUACGAGAGUUUCAGACCCAGACGGAAGCCCCACCAUGCGUGGCCGUGUGGACUCAGACGGAUCCUGUGGUUUUCGAAGACAAGGAGUCGAAGAAGAAGAAAAAGCCUCCGGUGCCCAAACGGAUGCGCACGCAGCUUCCUGCGGUGAUGAAGGGCGCAGACCGCCUGGCCCAGCCACCAGUUGCAAGAGAUGGCAGAUCUCAAGGUGCGUACGACCAAGUCCGCUUCCGUGCUACCACCACGAGCAACGGCCAGCGCUUGGAGCUUGUGGAUGAUGGCCAAGCUCCGCACACGGCCAUCGUCGGCUGCGCAGACUCGCGUGCCCCCGUGGAAGUCAUCUUUGACGCCCUGCCUGGCGACAUCUUCGUCCUCCGAAAUGCAGGCAACACCUGCACACAUGCUGAAGGCAGCAUGAUCGGCAGCUUGGAGUUCUGCACUGGCAACCUCGGGGCCCGUCUUGUGAUGGUACUUGGCCACACCAAGUGCGGAGCCAUCUAUGGCGCCACCAAGGCUCACUUUGCCCGCAAGAAGCAGGCGGCACAAUCCCAGUCCGCACUGGAGGGCUUGCUGGAAGGCCUUGGUGAAGUGGCGGAGCAGGCAGAGUACGACAUGGGUCCUAUGGCGGACGAGGACUUCGUGGCAGCUCACGCAGUGAAGGUGAACGUCUUCCACACGAUGAAUUUCCUGCUGCAGUACAGCAAGGGUCUCCGGGAGGCGGUGAAGAGCGGAAAGAUUGACAUCCAAGGAGGUGUCUACGACCUCUCCACCGGUGUGGUUGAGUUUUUGGGCCGAUCGCCCAGGCAGGCAGAGCUCCUGAGUGCGGCUUCUGCGGCAAUCCCCCCCUCGAUGCUUGGGAUCAGCAGGGCGGGUGCUGCCAAGCGUGGCAUCCACGGCGUCCGCACAGGCGACGAUGCCUCCGUGUCGCCAGAGAAGGCCAUGGAGAUGCUCAAGGACGGCAACAAUCGUUUCGUCGCAGGCACUCCUGCCAGCGUUGCAGCAAACGCGAAGAUGAAGACGGCCCUUGUCAAGUCAGGACAGGCCCCGCACACCGCCAUCAUCGGCUGUGCUGACUCCCGGGCGCCCAUCGAGACAGUCUUCGAUGCCAUGCCGGGCGAGAUCUUCGUUCUCCGAAAUGCGGGCAACACUUGCACUCACGCCGAAGGUGCCAUGCUUGGCAGCUUGGAGUUCUGCACCGGCAAGCUGGGCUCUCGUUUGGUGAUGGUGCUCGGCCACACGAAGUGCGGUGCCAUCGUCGGUGCCACACAGACAUACCUGGCGAUGAAGGAUGCCAAGGGUGAGAAGGGAUCUCCAGGAAGUGCCCUGGAGGGGCUGUUGGUCGACCUCGCCGGCGUUGCGGAAAAGGCCGCAACAGAGCUGGGGAAGGGUGCCACCGUGGAGCAGAUCGCUGCUCAUGCCGUGAAGGUGAAUGUCUUCCAGACGAUGGAGUUCCUUCUGAAGUUCAGUCAGCCACUUCGCGAUGCAGUGACCAGCGGCAAGGUGGACCUCCAAGGUGGCAUCUACGAUCUGGAGACUGGCAAGGUGGAGUUCCUCGGCCGAUCUCCGGAACAAGCAGCUCUCCUCACGUCCAAGUCUUCAUUGCCUCCCUCCAUGGAUCUGGCUUUGGGCCGUGCAUCCGUGCGGACACCGCAGGACCCCCCGAUGGCACCCGAGGCCGCGCUGAAGAUCAUGAAGGAGGGCAAUGAGCGCUUCGUCCAUGGCAACACCCUGGCCGGAAAGUUUGACGGGCAAAUGCGAAAGGCCCUGGCAACCAUUGGCCAAGCCCCGCACACGGCCAUCGUCGGCUGCGCUGACUCACGAGUUCCCCUGGAGCUGGUUUUCGAUGUGCUGCCGGGUGAUGUCUUCGUCAUGCGAAACGCAGGAAACGCAGUGACCCAAGCAAGGGGAAGCAUCGUGGGUAGCCUGGAGUUCUGCACAGCCGCGCUCAAGACGAGACUAGUGCUCGUGCUCGGGCAUACUGCCUGCGGUGCCAUCAAAGGUGCCACGGCCACCUACUUGAAGGGAGGUGGAGCCGCACAAGGCAAGGGAGCCCUGGAGGGUCUCCUGGCUGCUCUGGCUGGCGUGGCAGAAACAGCGCACAAGGAGCUGGGCAACAAAGCUUCGGAGAAGGAGAUAGCAGAUCAUGCGGUGAAGGUGAAUGUCUUCAACACCAUCAACAACCUCAUCCAGGGAAGUGCCGAUAUCCGCGACAAGGUAAAGUCCGGCCAAGUGGAAAUCCAAGGAGGCGUCUACGACCUCGACUCCGGUCGAGUUCAGUGGCUGGGACGAAGCCCCGAGCAGGCCAAGCUCCUCAGCUGA